AUGGACACCUCAGGUGUGUCACAAAUAGUGGCCGCGUUGGACGUGGUCUACGACCCCAAGACACCGAAUAGCCAACGACGGGAAGCCCAGGUAUUUUUGGAGCUGGUGAAAACAAACGACGAGGCGCCGUAUUGGGGAUACCAAUUGGCUCUUCCGGAAAAUACCCAUACUUCCGUGGUUCGUCAUUAUGGUCUCUCAUUGCUUCAGUACUGGAUCACCAAACGAUUCCAAGUUCUCGAUACAGACAAAACUCUUGCCAUUCGAGGGUGGGUGGUUGAACUUUCGCAUAAAAUCGCCGACAACGAGGCCCAUUACAUGAAGGAGAAGUUGGCAUAUUUGUGGGUUUCUGUUGCAAAGCGAACCUGGGGGUCAUUUUUGAUCAAGCUGGCCGACGACUCGGUUCCCGAAACAAAGUCGGACCCGGCUGUAAUUGAAGGCUGGGGCUCUAUGGAUGCAGACCUUUGGUCGCUCUGGAAUAGGUCGAUUUCUUGCCGAGAUCUAUCGUUGGUCAUCGUGCGCACACUUUUCGAAGACAUAUAUCUCCUCGACGACCCCGUGGCAUCCAAAAGAACUGCCAUUCUCAACCAGCUCUGUGUGCUCAUCACCACCCCGGACUCCGUGCUCAACCAAAUCUACGAACAUAGCACCCCUUUGUCUCUUUGUAAAGCGUCUGCCGACGGCUGGUUCAUCACUUGGAGCAAACUUUUGGUGCAAACUCUCCUGCUGAACAACUUGGAUAGCAUCGAGUGCCAGACCUACGUUCCCAAGAUCUUGGCGACGUUCAAAACAUGCUUGCAUUGGAUUCAACCAUCGGUUCUCCGAGAAGAAAAUAUCAUGAACACCUUGAUCAACAUCCUCGAGCUUCCCGACGUCAGCCUCAAGACUUUGGCUGUGGACUGCUUACACAUACUUUUCACUCGGCAUUACUCCAACGAUGAAGAUUUCCAGUUCUUUAUCGGCUCUAUUUACUCUCCUGAUGGUGUGGCCAAGCUCACCCAAUUUUACCAGUCGCUUCAAAUUGACCCCGACGAUAUUGACGAGAAGACCUAUGCGCUCCUCAAAAAAACGGUGGAAAUGAUCGUCUCGCUAUCUGAGUACCUAAACGUGUCCAUCCCACUGAAAUGCAAAAUCUCAUGGGACAGAGCAGACCUCGACGACUACCUCAGACUAGUUCUCGCUACAACGAACCAUCCCAGCUUGAUUAUAUCUGGCCUUUCCUUACAGAUGUGGGUCACUAUACUACGUUUCGACGAGCUUUCAGCAAAAGUCCCGAUUUUGAAUAUCUUAUCAGACCUCUUGGAGAUUGCUGCCAACAGAAGCAUCAAUUAUUCUGUGGUGGGCGACGAUAACAUCUCUAAAAAGUUCCUUGAUGUCGACUUUGAUUCCAAUUCGGAAGCUAGCUCGUUUUUGAACAACUACAAGAAAUUCACCGAAGACAUUGUAAGAAUAACGGUGUGCAAAAAACCAGAGGAUGGUCUUCUGUGGCUUGAAAAUCGUCUCCAGCAAUUUUUCUCGUCGGAUUUGGGUUCCAAAUGUAUUCAGGAGUAUCGCUUGGACGAGAAAUCAGACGCUUUCAAUUACGGAAAUACCCAGUUCAAUAUCAUCGAAAACUGCAUUCGAGGAAUUUCUCGUUGGCGGAUUUGGUACCGAGGGAGCGAUUUUGAUGUGGUGAACGAUAGACUCAACAAGUUGGUCGAAAGCCUCGGUGAAAGAUUGUUGGCGAUGAACUUGCAGUGCCCAUUACUUAUCCGAAAACAAGUGCAAACUAUGGUCCAAUUUGCUCCACUUCUCAAAGAUGUCAGUCCUCUCAUGUUCCAAGUUUUGGAAAAAAUAAUCACCACCGCAACCUUUGAAUAUCCCCCAGACAUCAAUGACGAAGACAAAGAACUCGUUCGUGAUUUGCGAACAAGCUGCGGUACAGAACUCAACCGAUUGGCGUAUAUAAUGCCCGAGUCGUUGCGCAAGAUUUUCACCGAGUUAGAAAACGUCGUGACAAACAUAUUAUCAUCCAAGAAGGUCAGCGACCACGAAGUUGUCUCGUUCAAGUCGUUUCUCUUAGUCAUCGCAUCGAGACUGUCGAUUGGUGAAAAGGACGAACUCUUUGCUAAGAUAGUUGAUCCUGAGCUAUCCGCGUGGUCUGCUCCCGAUACCGAGAAAGGGUUGACCGACUUACACUGGUUCAUGGAGAGAAUGGGCAUAGUAGAAAUAGCAUCGUACUUCCAAAAACGUGGAAUCACUGCCCAUACGAAUCUUUUGGAAGCGGAAAUGGAUGAAGACGGAAAAAUGUUGAAAAACAAACUCAAGGAUCACUGGCUGUCGAUUUUUCCCAUCAGAGCCACGAGAAUCUUUAUACAAUACAGCAUCGAGAAGCUCAGCCACGACUCUACCGAGUACUUGAAUUUGCUCAAAUUGUGGAAACCUCGUGUCCAACCCAUCGUUCCCCACAUACUCCAACUUUUAUCCCAGAUCCAAGCGUACCACAAUCCCGAGAACUGGAAAGACUUACCCGAUGCUGUGCAGACUUUUGUUCGUUACAGUUGUAUGGAGCGGUUCUGGCAGCAAGGAGUGUCGAUCCAGAGCAAGGAAACCUUCAUUGAAGAAAAUGUAAAGGCGGCACUAACGUUGCGAGACUUUGCUGAUUCAGUUGGCCACUUGAUCAGAUACACACGCGAAUACGCCUUUUUGACCAUUGGCUCGCUUUCUCAACUCGAAGACACACUUUAUGAAGUUCCUGGAAUGGCUACUAUGAUCUGGAAUGCGGUAGCUGGAGAUACUACUGGUGUCACACUUCACAGCUGGAAACAUAUGAUCAACAGCUGUUUGAGAAGUGUUGUUAGAAACUGUCCUGUCAAGUUCGUUGACAUAUUUAUGGCUGAACUCUUGCCCAAAGCGUUCGUUGAUAUCGACAAAUUGAUCGUUUCCAAGUGGGACAAAGUGUACAUGAACGGGCUCCAAUUACAAGGAAACGAGGACGACGAAACGUUGUCGGAAGAAAUGAUGGAAGAGCACAUGCUUCGUCAACUUACAGCCACGGUGGUGCGAUUUUUGAUGGACGUUGUUAGCCAGUAUAACGCCAGAAAUGUCACCGAUACUCAGUAUGCUUGCAAGAGGCUUAUAGUUGCUAAUAAGGAAGUCAUGGCUCCAUUUUUGCAGAUCUGCUGUCACAUCAUCAUGUUCAAGGACACAAAAUGCUCGUUCAAUACCAUCUUGGUGGUGAGAAAUCUUCUUCUGGAAAUCUUGUUGAAAGACGAUGAAGUCGACCGCUACUUGUGCGACAAUCUCAUCAAGGCAUUAUUGCACGUUUUGAAGGACGACUACUUCGUAGAAACACACUCGGAGGCUGCAGUGGUGCUAACUACCCUCUACUGUGCCUUGCGGUCCCGCAACGACUACCCUGCUAGGGUAAUGAUUCUGUCGUUGGACAACAUCACCGCCCAACAUAUAUCCAACUUUGAGAGUCUCUUGGGCAGCUCCAAGUCACUCAAACACCAGCGGUCGGCAUUGCUAGAGCUCAUCCGCAUUUCCAAGGAUGGAGCCGUCGAUAAUGACGGCGAAUUAAAGGAAAGAAAGAAGCAAUUGGACGUCGUUUCCAGGAAAAAAAGAGGUACCGGAGUGGAUGUGAUGAACGAUCCGUUUACAGAAAAUGGCGCCUUAGAUAAUCUUUUCGAUCAAUAG